GACAGUUGAAGUGUAAGCAUAAAAGCGAUAUUUCGCCACACUGCUUGUACGGUGUGGCUAUUACGAUGAACGUCCUGGGCCUUUUCUUUGCAAUUGUGCCCCUUCUUGUUGCUGAUGAAGUAACGGGCGAGGCGGCGUGCCCCAACAAGACAUGGGACCCCAGAACGGACGGACAAUGGACGCGCUGCGUUUACUACUGUCCUGAUGGCAAGGGAGGCUGGGAAAUGGGCUAUUUCCGUAAUGGUACCGUAUGCUCGUACACCCCAGAGAAAAAUGGAACGUGCUACAAUGGUUUGUGCUAUGGAUCACUGCCGGAUAACGUGAAUCUCCCUAGUGUCACGGUCUCAGAUGAAGUCUUCGUAACGGACAAGCAACCGGAUAGCACACCCGAUGAAACUGCGCCUACGACAACAACCAAAGCCACGACUACCACGCAAAAAGAGAAAAAUAAAACGAAGGAGAAGAAGGAAACGAAGAAGAAGAAGAAGAAGAAGAAGGAAAAGAAGGAGAAAAAGGAGGAGGACGACAAUAAGGAGAAGAAGAAGAAAAAGGGGAAAAAGAAGAAGGAAGCGACACCCCAAGAGUGGUAGAUUCUAGCACGUCGA